CAUUCCGCCUACCUGAGAAUGGCGAGCGUGCCGUCGCAUAUUGGCAGGGCACCUGCCCCACCUCGUCCAAACUUGUGACGUGCAAGGAAUUAAUUCUAUUGACACACAUUUACUUGAGUUAAAACCCGCACAUUACCUAUCUGCAUUCCAGCGAACACCAACACGAGCGGCCCCUUGAACUCCGUCUCUCAACAGCGUGUGCUCUUCGCCAAUCCCUAUCAUUCUAGUCAACCAUUCACUUCUGUCUGUUAUCCUAGCUUGUGUUUAGGCCUCGCGCCACACCCAGUGGCCUCCGGCUCGGGGAGCCUCUGCGUAGUCUUGCAUAGUGUAGGGCCUAAUGUCUUAAGAUACCUCUCCAGCAGCUCAGCCUGAUGGAGUGCACGGGGCAGCCCAGGGCGUGGCGGUGGCGCCAGUCGGAGUUAGUCGACUACUCGUGCCCAAGCCUCCUAACACGCACACGACUCUCUGGCUGGAGCAAACUUGUGUUAAUAGCACUUCUAGUUCUAUCAGCCUCGUCACCCCGGCAAGCGGAGGCUGCGCUCAAACUCAGAGGCGCCCGGAGAAGCUUGCAGCAGCCAAAUUUUGAGGUCCUAGACAACGCAGUCAACUUGAAAUAUGGAGACCUUCUGUGCAGCAACUUUGACGAGGACCCGACAGGACAGCCUACGUUUGUUCACGCGGGCGAGGCGGACACAGCGUUGGUCACUGGGAUUGACGCGGACUAUACUGACCCCUACGUGGACACGACCUCGGGAAAGUUCUACCCCCGCGGCAUCUACAACAUGGGGAUAUUCGACUCGGGCACGUUCGUGCCAGGCGGCGGCAGCGUGGGCACGCGGCUCGAGCUGGUGCGGCGCGUCAGCGGCAGCGCCAAGGCCGGCGCCAGCCCGCAGGUGCCUCUCACAGACGCGGUCUUGACGCGGCGGCAGGCGGGGCCCUUUGCCACCAGCAAGCUGGGGUCGCUUCUGAAGGCGAUCGUUUGCUGCAGCCGCGACAACUUUGUGGAGUCCAUCCGCCUGGUGCGGGAGCUCGUCGGCGACACCAUUAUUGGCAACCCCACAUGCUACGGCUACGCAAUUGAGGUGCCUCGCCCCGCGGAUGCACCGCUGUGGGCGGGCCUGUCAAUAGGCAUGGGCAAGCCUGUGGGCUCCACCGAGUACGUCGUAAGCUCGAUACGCUUUGUGUGGGCGUCUUACGACCCCAUCCUCAGCUCCCCGCCGCCCCCCAGCCCGCAGCCCAGCCCGCCGCCGCCCAAGUCGCCGCCCAAUCCGCCGCCCAAUCCGCCGCCCAGCCCGCCGCCCAGCCCCCGCCGCAACGCGACCGGUGCCGUGCGUGCGCCCUCCACGCCGCCCCCGCCGCCCAGCCCCAAGCCGCCCAGCCCGAAGCCGCCCAGCCCCAAGCCGCCCGUGCGCAAGGGCAAGUCACCGCCGCCGCCGUCGCCCAGCCUGAUGGACAAGCUGCCGCCGGGGACCAACAAGGACUGGUAUGUCAUCACAAAGGGCGUCGCCUCCAUCGAGCUGCUGGACUACACGGGUACCGUUCAAAUGGUGGGGCCCACGUUUCCCGUGGUCACCACGCCCAGCUUGGACACCGUGAUUGCCGCGGGGCGCUACAGCAAGGGCACGCUGUUUGGCCUGGGCAGUGAGAACAUGGCCAUGACCUGCUGCAAGGCCCCUGUGGGCGCAAAGCUGCCGGGGCUGGACCAGAUCAUCCUGCAGGGCGCCGCGUGGGCUGGGUACUACGGUAUCAAGUGCGGCGGCGCCAAGGUCCGCGUGAGCCACGCCAAGUACGUGCCGUUCGCCACGUGGCUCAUCACGCAACGCCCCGACCUGUUCCUGAAAGACGUGGAGAUCUACACGCCCGUAGCCGACUUUGUGAGAGCCGUGAAGGGCACGGUGCCGCAGGGCAAGCGCCCGCCCAUGGACCUGUACAUCGUGGGACCCGGCGACGGCGACCAGGCCGGCGGCAACUCGACGUACACACCCACCUUCCUGGCCGCGCUGCGCGACUACCUCAACUCGGGCAAGGGUGUCAUCUUCCUGGGCCAGAACCCGCUUGAAUCCAUCGCCAACGGCGGCACCACAACCACCACCGGCACCACGACUGGCACCACCGGCAAGAACAAAAAGGGCAAGGCCGGCAAGAACGUCGUCGUGACCGUGGACGUCGGCCGCCGCCGCCAGCGCUCGCUGCUGGAGAGCUCCGCAGCCUACGCGCUCAACGCCGUGUCUGGCCCCACUGGCAUGGUGUUUGCUGGCCAGGUGCUGCCGCCGGUGCCGCCCGGCCCCGUCGGCGUGGGGCCGCUGCCGCCCUCCGACCUUCUGAACGCGGAGCAGGCUGCGGGCCAGUACCUGCUGUACCUGCAGGGCCAGGCCGGCAAGAUCUACGACCUGACCGUAGUGGCGGGCGUCGUGUCCAAGGCCCGCGCCGCUAUGCCGCGCGGCUCGCCCGGCUCCGAGAACCUUUACACGCUCAUUGACAGCAUCACACAGCUUGGCGGGACCAUACCUGUCUACAACCCUGCCGCCCAGCCAUCAUCCCCUCCGCCGCCCAGCGCACGGCCCUCUCCCGUGCGCUCCCCAGCGCCCUCCCCAUCGCCCUCACCCUCCCCGCGCGCCAGCAAUGCCACCGCCGGCAACUCCACUACCGCAGGGAACAGCACCAGCAACGGCAACAGCACUGCCGCCUCGUUUAAAUACCUGGGCUGCUACGUCGACAACUCUGCCACGCGUGCGCUGCCGUUCCGCCUCUCGGUGUCGGACCGCAACCUCACUUCCGCGCGGUGCGCCAGCCUGGCAGCCAAUGCCUCACUCAAGUACUUUGGCAUGCAGGGAGCCAACUGCUUCGGCGGCAGCAACGGCACUUUGGCCACCGGCUACGGCACGUCCACGAAUUCGGCCGAGUGCAGCGUGCAGUGCAGCGGCAACAAGGCCGAGAUGUGUGGCUUCGCCUCCGCGAACAAGCUGCUCCUCAGCUUGUACCAGUGGACUUGAGCGGGGCCCACACGGGGCCCUGCUGGGUUGCAGGGGCGCGCGUUAGCGCCGUGCGGCUAUCUGCCAUACCCGCCCCGCAGUCAAGGGCGACAACCGGCGGCCCCAAAGCUUAACGGCCGCGCGCCGGUGUAUAGAUCUUAUGCGUGGAAGCAGUGUACUCGCACUCGGAUUUGCAACGGGUAGCGGCGUGCAACUGCAUCGCGCGCUGGCUCGACAAGCUUUGCAUGCGGCACCGGACCUGUUGGAUGUAUAACAUUGUUGGGGAUGCACACGAGGUGCGGCUGCACACAUGCCGGGAGUGAGCCAGGUGUUUCAGUAUGCACGCUCGUGUUUUGGGGGGCGUCUUGGAGGGCGGCGGCCCCCGCUAACUCAAGAAUGAUACAAGUGACAUGAUCGUGCGUUUGUCUGGUUACACACCUUUGCUGUGUCCGCCCACGCUUGCAAGCCUCACAACCGUGCGACGCGUAGACAGUCCGCUGGUUCGGUCUGGACGCGUCACGCAUUCCCAUGCAGCCUUCAUUGGCUGUGCGCACUUAGACAUUGAUUUGUAGUCAGUUGGCGGCGGGCGAACAUGUAUUGACGUCAAGAUAACGUGCUUUCGCACUGGUCCUUGUGUGCAUGGCAGCAUGGAAGGAAGCGCGGGAGGAAUGAAUUACUGGGUGGUGUGAUGCAGAGCAUAUGCAUUGCAAGCACCUGACACCAAGCCCCGUUACCGGCGGGAUGACCCCACCUGCCCCUGAGUCUUGCCCUGUGUGUACGUUGGGCACUGGGGUGCAAUCCAGUGUGGUAUGACGGCACCGUGGCACUGACCAUGUCCCUAAUACCACUUGGCUAGACGACUAACUGACAUGACUGGAGUCGGACCAUGACCUCGUAUGGGGCAACUUGCGCGCAGGGUCUGGCGUUACAUGAGAAAACGAAUGCGAGGGGCGGCGGGUUAUUGGCAGGCCGGUGUGUGCACAGACGGGGGCUCAAGAAUAAUAAGGAAUGCGGCAGGUUGAUGAGUUGCGCGCACACCACAGUUGGUGUUGUCAACGUGCAGCGCUCGGGCUACAUCAGGACGGAGGCACUAGGUCGCAGAGGCGAAACCUUUGCCGGUGAGGUUGCGCCGCUGUGGCGGUCUGGGUUACGCCGGAAGCGCUGGGCGGUGGGAAACUUGCAGGCUUUUGUCGUCAACCCUCUCCCCAGCCGCUUGCCGGGGCGUCCGCGUGCGCACUGACAAUUUGGUAUUGUGCACCCUUGCAAGUCAUUCAGUGAGCGACCCCAUUCUGACGUGCAUUCAAUCAAUCUGGCAGCAGAGAUGCGGGCGCUGGAACUGCGUCCGCAUUGGAGUUGCCAUGGAUGGGAUCAUGGGUAUGUGCUUGUGUGUGGCUGGAUCUUCGCGGGCUAUGAACACUUGUCGCGGCUGUCUGCUGUGCGAGCAGACGGCGUGCCGCAGAGCAAGAGCUUAGGUUGCAUGGAUGCAUGUGGGGCCUGCAGUGCACACAGCUAGUUCUAGGUCGCUUUGUCGUCCUAGGCAUUUCUCGCGCGGCCUUCGCAGCGGCCCCCGCUGCGGACGCCGAGCGAAGAUUCAGGUCUGUGAAGGUCUGCGAAGACGUGGGCAAAGUCACUUGAAGUUGCAGCACUGUGCUGGGAUAGGGUUUCGACCUAAAAUCGAGCAGCUAGGGCGCUGUUGAAGGCUGCCCCUAGGCUAGGGGUGUGAUAAAGGACUCCGCCACACCCGGACUGCAUUGCAUGCGAGGGUAUUCGUGGUAUACAGGCCCAUUCACCUACCGGCAUGGGACCCUUAACUUGUAAUUCGCCUUGAAA